AUGAUGGAUACAAAAGUAGACCAAACAAUUCAACCCAAGUUUUAUGGGGACAAAAAAUUAUCAAAAUCUUUUGAUAAUAAAUUGGAUGAAGAAAAUUUUAAUUAUCCCUUUAAGAAAGAAAGUUUUUUGAAAUCCGAAAAAUUUUGUUUUGAACAUACAAAAGAUUCUUUAUGGAAAUGUAUAAAAGAUAAAGCUAAAAAGAAAUCAGACAUGGAAUAUUUUAAUUGUGUUAAUAAUCUAUGCUGUAAAUUUAUAUGUAGUAUUAGAAAAUAUGUUAAAUAUUUUUUAUAUUUAAAAGAUAGUUCCUAUGAAAUAUAUAACAUUAAACUAUACAACAAUAAUAAUAUGAAUAUAAUAAAUAAUAAAAAUAUUACAAAUAAUAUAAAUAACAGCUUUAGCAAUGAUUACAUUAAUUAUAAUCAUAACUAUAACCAUUUAAAUAACUCAAGUUCUUCAAAACAUAACAAUUAUAAUGUAAAUAAUAUAGACGAGAAGAAUAUAAAGAAUGAUUAUAAUACUUAUCAUAAUAUAUAUGAACAAAUAUUCUUUAAAUAUAAUUCAUCCUUUUAUGAAUAUCUUAUGUUUAUGUUAAUGAAAAAACUAAUACAUUACAAAAAUUAUAUUUUUAAUAAAACAAAGAAAAUAAAUAAUUCCUAUAAUAAUAAUGAUAUAAAAAAUAUAGAUGGAUUUUUAAUUUUUCAAAAUAUAAAUUUUGAAGAAAUAUUUUUAAAUACAUUUUAUUCAUCAUUUCCUUUUAAAUUAUUUUUACAUAGUCUAUAUAUGAUUUUUAUUUGUUUUAUAUAUUUUGUUCUUUUAUAUUUUAUGCUUUUAAAAAAUAUAUAUAUACAUCCAUUUAUCUUUCAUUUGAGUGUAUUAAAAUUUUUCUUCGAUAUUAUUUUUUUCUUAUCAUUUAUAUUAUAUCCUCUAUUUUUACGUUUAAAAAGAAUUGAUAAAAUAAUUUAUUCUUCAUAUAUAUCAUCCUAUAUUUUUGUGUGUAUUACUUUUUUAUAUAGUUUUAUAAUAUUUAAAUGUUCAUCAUAUUCUGUCAAAAUGAAUAGUAAUACUUAUCAAAAUAAUUUUGUUUUUCAAAAUAUGUUAUUUCUCUUAAUUAAUAUUAUAUAUAUAUGUAUAUUCUGUUUUUUAAAAAAUUAUAUGAUUCUUUAUAGUUUCCUAUAUAAUUGUAGAUUUUCAAUUUUUUGUAUUCUAUUUAUUUUUCUAUAUUAUUAUUUAUUUUUUAGUUUAGAUUUUUAUAGAAUUAUACAUUUACCAUUUGAUAAUUUCUUCUUUCCCUUUCUUUGUUUUUUAUUUUUUUCAUUUCUUUUUAUUUUUAAGAUUAUCAUGUCUUUAUAUUAUGAAUAUGUAUAUGAAAAAAAAUAUAGAAUACUAUUUGUCAAAAAAAAUAAUCUCAUAGAAAAACGGAUAACCAAAAGAAAAAAUACCAACAUUAAUAAUGUUUAUUUUACGAAAUAUUUUUCGAUAGAUAAUACUAUACCUACAUCACCCAUAGAAGAUAUAUUAAAUAAUUUCAAACAUAUUUUAGAAACUAUUCAUGUUAUUGAAGAAAAUCCAAACCACAAUCUAACAACAAAUAUAAUGAAAAUCAAAGAAAAAAUCAAAAAUUGUGAUAAUAUAUUAAGGACCAAAAAUAUUAAUCAAGUACAAAUAGGAAAAUACAGAAAAUUUGAAAAAGUAUAUAAUAUAUGGUGUUUAGACAAAAUGUAUCUAAAUUACCCAUUAAAUCAAGAAGAAUCUAAAUCGUUCUUAUCAAAUAGUCUUAACAGAAUAUCUUUUAAUUCUUUUUCUAAUAUGCAUUCUUUAUUAUCAUCAAAGUUUCAAGAACAUUAUAAUGAUAUAUAUGAUUGGAAUGGUAAUAUUGAAAAUAUAUAUAAAGCAAAUACUUUUAUAUCUAUAGGUUAUAAACUACUAUAUCCGUUAGGUGUAUUAGAAGCUAAUUUUGAUAAAGAGAAAUUGAAAAAGUUUCUUUUCAGAAUGUGUUCUUAUUAUAAUGACGUUCCUUAUCACACUAGUCUCCACGCAGCACAGGUAGCUCAUUUUAGCAAGAGCAUGCUUUUCAUGCUAGACAUGAACCACAAAAUAUCAGCUAUUGACGAAUUUUGCUUACAUAUAUCUUCUCUGUGCCAUGAUACUGGACAUCCUGGACUCAAUAAUUAUUUCCUUAUCAAUUCAGAAAAUAACUUAGCACUAACAUAUAAUGAUAAUAGUGUUCUAGAAAAUUAUCAUUGUUCGUUACUCUUUAAAACUCUGAAAAAUCCUAAUUAUAAUAUAUUUGAACAUUAUCCAUAUCAUAUUUUUAUUUCAUGCAAAAAAAAUAUCAUCAAAGCUAUUUUGUCAACUGAUAUGAAAAACCAUUUUGAAUAUAUUUCUGAUUUUAGAACUUCCAAAGAAUUUAUAGAUUAUGAUAAUUUAUCAAAUGAUCAAAUAUGGCAAAUAUUCUGUCUUAUUUUAAAGGCAUCAGAUAUUGGACACUCAACACUUGAAUGGAAUAAACAUCUUGAAUGGACACUCAAAAUUAAUGAAGAAUUCUAUUUACAAGGUUUACUAGAAAAAUCGUUAAAUAUACAAAAUAGUUUUUUAUGUGAUAUUAAUACCAUGAAUAAAUUAGCUCUCUCACAAAUCGAUUUCUUAAAACAUUUAUGUAUUCCUUUAUUCAAUGAAUUAAAUUAUAUAUGUAAAAAUAAUGACGUAUAUACUCAUUGUAUACAACCAAUUGAAAAUAAUAUAGAACGUUGGGAGAGCCACAAAAAUGAUAAUCAAAAUUUAGGUUUGCACGAAAAGUAUAAAGAGGAAAACUUGCUAAGCAAACUUGAGCUCAUCAAAUUUGAAUAA